AUGUCAUUUACCUUUUGUUUCACUGCUGUCAAUGUAUUUGCAGCGAUUUCGAUCGGUUUCUCUUAUACAUUAGAUACAGGGGGUUCAGGCGUGGCUAUAUGGUCUUGGAUACUCGGAUCUUUCUUUACAAUUCUCAUCAGUCUUUCAUUAGCUGAAAUAUGUUCAGUCUAUCCGACUGCGGGUUCAGUCUAUCAUUGGUCGGGUAAGCUUGUGUCUUCUAAGUAUGCUCCAUUGGCUUCCUUCAUCUGUGGAUGGUUCAAUUUCUUCGGUAAUGCUGCAGCUGAUGCCGCAUUUUCAUCUGGUUUUGCAACCGUUGUGAAUGAUGCACUCAUACUCAAUGGAAAAUCAUCGUUAGGUAUCGGGGGGCAAGUAGGCGUUGGUAUAGGAGUUACAUUUAUAUGGGCCGUUCAAAAUGCACUACGAAUCGAUCAACAGGGAUGGAUCAAUAAUGCAGCUGCAGUUCUUCAAAUCAUUUCUGCAAUCAGUAUUGCGAUUGUUCUCGUUGUCAUGGCUCCACAACGAGCCACUGCUAAGGACGUUUUUACAUCGGUCUACAAUGGUACUGGCUUUCCAUUUGCUUAUGUUUGUUGCAUUGGAAUACUUUCAACGAUUUUUUCAUUCUCUGGUUAUCAAGCUGGUGCUCAUAUGGCCGAAGAAACUCGAAGUGCUCGCCGUGCAGCACCAAAAGGCAUCGUUGCUACAUGUGUAUGCAGUGCAAUUGUUGGUGUUAUCUAUUUGCUCGCUUUUCUCUUUGUUAUUCCGAAUGUAUCCACAUUUAUGGAGGCGCAUAAUGGCGCCAAUAAAACGAUUAGUCUCACUGUAGCUAUCUAUCAAUCAGUUCUACCACAUCAAGGCGCACUUGCACUUACUAUACUACUCAUUCUUAAUCUUUAUUUUGCUGGUAUGUCAUCCAUUACAGUGACAAGUCGAAUUGGCUUUGCAAUGGCUCGUGAUGAUGUAUUUCCAUUUUCGUAUUAUCUUCGUUGGAUAUUCGAACGGACUCAAACACCUCUAGCUAAUGUUGUCUUCGUGUUUAUUAUUGAUUCUCUCCUUCAACUACUUCAAUUGGUAUCGACUACGGCCUUUCUUGCUCUCAUUGCUACUACUACACUCGGCUUUCAAAUAUCAUAUUUUAUGCCAAUUUUUUUUCGUUGUACAACUGCUCGAAAUACAUUUCCUUCGAUAAUUAUUAGUGGAAUUGCAUUGAUUGCAUUAAUAUAUUGGAUUGUUGCCGCUCGCCAUCGAUUUAUUGGUCCAAAACGAGCUGACAUGGAUCCGGUAUCGUUACCACCUGAACAUGUCAUAGAUGAAGAUACAAUGACAAUUACAGCGCCCAACUCUCCUGAUAGUAUGGUCACUCGAUUAUGA